AUGAGGCAGCGUAUGUGGUUGGAGUUAUUUAAAGAAUAUAACAUCACCAUCCUUUAUCAUGUGAGUGAAGCUAAUAUAGUAGUGGAUGCCUUCAGUCGCAAAACACCUAGCAUGGGUAGUUUGUUCUUUCUUAAGGCGGAUGAGAGACCUUUGGCUUUGGAGAUUCAAUCAUUGGCUAGGCAAUUAAUUAGACUUGAUAUUUCUACAUCUCAUAGCAUUUUGACCUUUGUGGAGGCUAGGUCUAGUUUGAUGAAUCAUAUUCGUGUACACCAGUUUGAUCAUGACAUGUUGAGGGCCGUUAGGAAUAAAGUAUUGAGAGGUGAAGCUAAAUCAGUCUCUCUUGAUCCAGAGGAAGUUUUGAGGAUUAACGGUCGCAUUUGUGUGCCCAAGGACUUUGCCUUCGCGAAUGCGGCUACAGUGCUCUACAAAUACGGAGACCAAAAAGCUUGGCCUUCACGAAUGCAGCCAGAGGCCCACGAAUGUGGAGGCAAAGCUCUCACACCUUCGAAAACGCGGCCAAGGCCCCGCGAAUACGGAGGAAAAGGACUUAAGCCUCUACGAAUGCGGCCAAGGCUUCGCAAAUGCAAAGAGCAACUUCCAGGACCUCCAUGA